CCCACACUCCCUUUGUGUGCCGUGUCCUUGCGUGCGUCUUUGCGUGCGUGCGUCUUUGCGUGCGUUCGUCGACAGCCAAGAUCAACGACCUCAACAAAAAGGUUCCCCAGCUCCUCCGCGCUUCGGACAGCGACCUGCGGGACCUGCUCUCCCUCAUGGAACGCGCCAUCGACCCCGGCAGGGAGGACGCCGUCACAGAGACCCAGCUCGACGCGCUGGAGCUCCUGCUCAACUGGCCGGAUGAGUUUCUCUUCCCCGCGCUGGACAUCCUGCGCCUCUGCCUGCGCCUCGACGUCCCCAACAAGCACUUCCUGGGCGCCGCCUGCGGCCCGGCGCAGCUCUCCCGCCUCCUGGCGCUGACCUCGGCGCCCGGAGCCGGCGCCGCCGCCCCGAUGCUGGCGCUGCGAGCGCUCUGCAACGCCUGCAGCCGCGAGCCCGGCCGUCGGCUCAUGCGGGAGCGGCGCUCGCUGGUGGUGGAGGGGGCGCUGGAGCUCGUCGGCUCCGACAACCGCAACGUGCAGGUCGCGCUGGCCACGCUGCUGCUCAACUACGCCGUCCUGCACAGCGAGCCCUCCUCCUCCUCCUCCUUCUCCGCCAUCUUCGCGUCCAGGAGGAACGCCGGCGGCGACGACGACGAGGCCAUGACCCAGCUGCUGUCGGCGGCCGUGGCGCUGCUGGAGCGGCGGCCGGACCCCGAGGCGUCGUUCCGGCUGCUCGUGUGCGUCGCCACGCUGGUGCUACGCCGCGGCCGCGGCGGCGACGGCGACGCCGCCCGCAGGCUGAGCGACGCGCUGGGGGUGAGGGCCCACGCCGAGCGGUGCGCCGGCCUGCCGGGGGCGCCAGCAAAGCUCACCGAGUGCGCGCGCUCGCUGCUGGCCUUCCUGUGAUGGGCGCGGGUUGGUAGCGGUUUGGCGGUUGCUGGCAGCUUUUGGCGGUUGGGUGGUUUGGUGGAUUUUGUGGUUUGGUGAUAUGGUGGUUGGGUGGUUUGGCGGUUGGGUGAUUUGGUGGUUGGGUGAUUUGGUGGUUGGGUGGUUGGGUGGUUUUGGUGUUUUUGGUGUAUUUUGUGGUUUUGGUGUUUUUGGUGGUUGAGUGGUUUUGUAGUUUAGUGGUUGGGUGGUUGGGCGGUUUGGCAGUUGGGCGGUUUGGUAGUUUAGUAGUUUAAUGGUUGGGUAGUUUGGCGGUUUGGUGGUUGAGUGGUUGGGUGGUUGGGUGGUUGGGCGGUUUGGUAGUUUAAUGGUUGGGUAGUUUGGCGGUUUGGUGGUUGAGUAGUUUGGCGGAUUGGUGGUUGGGUGGUUUGGCCAUUUAGUGGUUGACGGUUUGGCGGUUUGGCAGUUGUUGGCGUUUUGGCGGUUGUAGGGCGGUUUAGUGGUUUGGCGGUUGGCUUACGACUCGGGCGGAGUGUCCUAUACCGCUGUAUCCUACUGGUGUGUGGGUGUGAGGGGGGGGGCCUCACGAUUCAUCCAAUUAACCAAAAUGUAAUCAUCUUUUCUGGCUGUGAUGUUAAUGGUCAGGAGCAGAGCGUGGCGACGUCUCGAUGCCAUGCUGGGUUUUAAACCCCACGGGGUCUCCUCUACCGAUGGGUAGGGGUGGUGGUGGUGGGGGGGGCAGGAGGAGAUUUCGUACCAAGUCAUUAAAAAAUUAACCCGUAAAAACAAAGUUUUUCACUAUAAAUCCUUUAUAUGCGUGGCAUCGGUUUUAUUUUAUUAUUCAUUUCUGUUUUUCUUGAGUAAGAGUUUCAUUUUUAUCACAUUGGUAUUUUAAAUUAAAUAUGAAAAAAAUAUUUUCCUAAAAAGUGGAAAAUUUUGGAAAAAUGUUUUCACGAACAUUAAUUGUCACGCACAACGAGUCUGUGUGGAAAAUGUCAACUCGAUUGGAUCACGGGAAGUGGGUUAAAAAACGACCGAAAGAUUUACACGGUCGUAAGCAAGCAAGCAAGCACGCAAGCAAGCAAGCGAACUUAAUAUAAAGGAUUUAAAAACGUCCGUCGGCUAUAAUUAUCUGUAUACUGCCUACCGUGGCAUAGCAACAUCUCCCCAGUGGCGAUGUUUACCACACACCGCACCAGGUACUCAUUUGCGGCCGAGUCGGCCUAGUGGAGGC